CAUACAUCAAGGUCCUACACCCUCUUCUCAUCUUCCUCAUCACACUCCCGCCUCACCAGGCCACACUACAACCAAAAUGGACCCCGGCUUCCUCCGCCUCCCCACGGAGAUCCGCCUCCAAAUCUACCACUACCUCCUCCUCCCCCAAACCCCCACCGACCUCCAACCCGCCCUGCACAAAAUGCAGCACUCGGACCGCGACUCCUUCGACUACGUCAGCGGCCGCCGCUUCAGCGACCGCAUAGUCGCCCAUCCUGACCUCGUCAACCCGCACCUGCUCAUCCGCACCGUCAAGGGCGAAAGCUACUCGGCGCGCUAUACCGGGAAGCCGGGCGGCGAGCGACAUUUGCGCACGAGCUAUGAUGAGAAGGAUCGCUUUCGCGCGAAGUGCGCUAUGACGACGUACUAUUGUCUCAAUAACGAUUUUCUGCUGGCGCAUGUGGGGAUUAUGCGGGUGAAUAGGCUCGUUCAUUCGGAAGCGGUGGGCGUGCUGUACGGUGCUUAUACGUUUGAUUUCGAUGUCCAUGUUGAAGCUAUGCGGCCCUUUCUGGAGGACUUGACACCGCUAGCACGCAGCUGCAUUCGAAGCGUGCGCUUUGUGAAGCGCGGAUUGGCGUACGACAAGGAAUACGAUCGAAUCGAAUGGGGCAACACCAUGCGAUUUCUCACUUUACCGAGCGCCGGCUUGCGUAUUAAGCGUCUGGAACUGGGUGUGGUGGCCGGGAAACCAGGAGGGGCCAGUGGCACCGGUUGGGAUGGGGUGCUGACUUACUCUGCGGAUGAUUUCGAGGCCCUGCUGAGCGGCGACGGGAUGGAGUGGCUUCGGGAUUUGGUGGAGCUUGCUAAGACGUUGGAGGAAUUGACCGUCGUUCCUGUGGUGGAGCACUGUCCUCCGGCGGACAAUAGCAGGGCCAUGUUCAAUUUUGUCCGCUUCUCCGCCAGUGUCGAUGCGGGAUUCGCGGAAUUUCUGCAAAGGCGGGUGAUGGGUGCGUGAGAUGACGAGGAGCGCUCAGA